UUCCGUGGUCAACAACAAGCUUAUAGAGGUCACAUUUACCGAGGUCCAAGGACAUUUUACAGUAGGCAAUCUUUCCAAAGGGGAUAUGUCAGGAGUAAUACAAGAGGCAAUCAAUGGGCUGAAAGAGCGCCUCAUCAGAUACAAUACAGCGGCUACAGACGCCGAUUUUAGAAUUGCUGCUGAUUUAGGUAUGGAAGAAAAAAUUUUAACGGCCAAAAGAAUGAUAAAAUAUAUAACUUUAACUAAAAAGAAAAUUAGUAAUUUAUUAAAUGAUUUAGACGGCCAGACAGUCAAUUAUGUAAAUCUUUUCCCUACUUUAGACAGAGAAGAAAAAAUAGAGGAAAAGAAUGAAUAUAAAAAUUUCGCAAAUGGGCCCGAGGGUUAUCUAACUAUUAUGGAAGAAGCUCGGGAAAUUAUUGAGGCCCUAAAUGAAAAUGAGCACAAAGUCAGGCAAAUGAAAUGAAUGUCAAAUUGCCAGAAAUAAAACUGCCAGAAUUUUCGGGGGAUACUAAAAAUUGGCAAAGUUUCUUCGAAGAAUUUAAAGCGGCAGUAGAUGAGCAGCCAAUUCCUGAUAAAAGGAAAAUGCAGUAUUUAAAAAGUGCCUUGAGAAAUGAAGCCCUAGAAAUUGUCGAGCCAUAUCCGUUGGAAGCGGGUAAUUACAAGCUCGUUUUAGAUCUCCUAAAAAAUAGAUUUGGGGAUAAAAUAACAAUCAGAAGCAGCCUGCAUUCUGAAUUAAGAAAAUUGCCCAGGGCGAACCAAUUUGUGCCCGAAAUUAGAAAAACUUUAAGAAAAAUUGAGGCAAUUAUAAAUCAGUUAAAAUUAAUGGGCGAAAAUACUG